AUGGGUACGCCGGAGACAUCCAGGGAGCCCUGCCCGGACCGCAUCCUCGACGACAUCGGCGGCGCUUUCGGGAUGGGCGCAGUCGGCGGCUCCGCCUUCCACUUCAUCAAAGGGGUUUACAACUCCCCCGUCGGGACCCGCCUCACGGGCGGAACCCAGGCCGUCCGGAUGAACGCGCCCCGCGUCGGUGGCAGCUUCGCCGUCUGGGGUGGCCUCUUCUCGGCCUUCGAUUGCACGAUGGUUUACGUCCGGCAGAAGGAGGAUCCGUGGAACUCGAUAUUCGCCGGCGCCGCCACCGGUGGGUUUCUCGCUAUGCGGCAGGGGCUCGGCGCCUCCGCUCGCUCGGCCGCCUUCGGAGGGGUUCUGUUGGCUCUCAUCGAAGGUGCUGGGAUCAUGCUGAAUAAGGUUAUGAGUGCGCCGCAGAACAUGCCGGUGAUGAUCGAGGAACCCGCCCCGGCUGGUGGGCCGGGUCUGCCUUCCGGGUUUCCGGGUAUGCCACAGUCGAUGCCGCAGGAGUUGGCUUCACAGGGGCAACAGGAAUCGGGUUCAUGGCUUGGUGGGUGGUUUGGUGGAGGGAAAAAGAACGAUACUGCAUCGAGUAGCGGAGGCAAAGCGGAGGUGCUGGAGAGCUUUGACGCACCGCCGGUGCCAAGUUUUGAGUACAAGUGA